AUGGCUGCUAACGAGCAGGAUCCAUUGCUCCUGCUGCGGCAAUCCAUCGCAUCCAAACGACCUGCAGUUCCCACAGCUUCAGCCGAUGCUUCUGCGACCGAGGUUCCUCUCUCGCAAGCGACCCAUCUACUCUUCUCACACCCAGCCCCCGUUUCUGUAUCGCUCUCUACACCGACGCGUUUCAUUUCAAGCGACCGCCCGGUCGAUCUGCGAUCCAUCUACUUCGCCUGGCUCAACAAGGAUGUUGCGAUUCCCGAAUACAACGCGAGCGCGACUCGCCUUAACGAAGAGCUGGGCAGCCUGGGCACUGUCCAGAACCUUGCGUUCGUCGAACGUUUAGAUUUGUUUACUUGGCUGGAAGGCGCUAGUGAGGAGAGUGAACACAUCAAGCCUUUGGCUGGCGACAAGGACGGCAAGGAGGGAGCUAGUGCGAGCGCGUCCAAAACUGCCACAGCAACUGCGGCGAGUCGAGCUGGACGAGGCGCUUUGGAUCCUAGACUGGCGGUCAUCUACAAUGGAGAGCGCAAGAUGGGGGAUCGCAACUCUGUGUUGCGCGGCGUGAAGCACACGGAUUUCUCCCAUGUCCGCAAACUCGCUGUUCCCUUCAUCCAGAAGAAGCCCAAUGGCUCGUCGAACAUAAGCACCAACCCGUCCCUCGCGCUCAACCAGAAGGCCCCGACGCGCCGGCCAGACCCGAUUAUCCUCCUCUCGCCCUCUGCAUCCUCUCUUCUGCGCCUGUCUAACAUUCGCUCCUUCCUCGAGGGAGGGCGCUACGUGCAACCCGACGGCAGUGCUGCUGCGAGCAUGCUGCACGUCUCCCGCGUCAUGAAAGAGAUCGACCCAUCGCGGCCCAUGCGUUUUAUUCUCGUCGAGGGCCCUGAGCAGUUCAAGCCCGAGUACUGGAAUCGCGUCGUUGCCGUCUUUACCACUGGUCAGUCGUGGCAGUUCAAGAACUACAAGUGGAGCUCUCCUCCGGAUCUGUUCCGUCGUAUUUUGGGCAUCUUCAUCGGCUGGCGCGGGGAGCAGCCGCCAGACAGCGUCAAGGACUGGGGUCACCGCGUGUUGCAGCUCGGCGUUGACCGCUGGCGUGACGGAACUGGUGCUCAGGAGGCGGCGAAGUUCAGGGACAAGGAAGCUGCGGAGUCGAUCUGGAGGGCUAUCGAGGCGAACAUGAAGAACAGGGGGUGGACGAAGACCACUGCGCCGACCCAGCUGUGA